AUGGCAACAACACUUCCCAGGGAGUACGAAGAACAACUUGCUCGGUGGGUAAACUCCAUGCGUCAAGACGGCGAUCCAGUGACACCGCAGAUGAUCCAAAUCAUGGCGUUGGAGACCGCUAUUGACACCGGCCUGGAUGAAGCCAGCGUCACCGCGAGUUGGCAGUGGCUGCGUGGAUUUAAAAGACGCUUCAAGCUGUCGUGGCGUGCCCUCACCAGGUCCGGUGAAGGGGACUGUGACGCAGCGUUAGCCAAGUUCUCUGCGCGGGCUGCCGAGUUGGUCCGUGAGCACGUUCAAGUUGCAAGCCCCGAAGCGUCCAACACUGAAGCCAUCGAAAGUGAGGAAGAGUUUGUGUCUCCGAAGAUGAUGUCCGACCUGGUGUCGAUAUCUGGUGUGGACGAAACGAUUGAUCCAACUGAUGACAUCGACAAUAGUGUUCAACUUCUCUAA